AAUAAAGCUGUUUUUUUGGGACGGCUCUCCUAAAAGUGUUUUCUUCCUCCGGACAGACGUCGGUUUCUCGGAAACGUCGCCAACAUGCCAGUUUUGUGCACCAGCUGCACGGAGAAACGCGCCGUGCUGAAACGUCCAAAAACGGGUCAUUCUCUGUGCAAGGACUGCUUCUUCCGGGCCUUUGAGGAGGAGAUUCAUCAGACUAUCGUGUCAGCAAAACUCUUCAAAUCCGGGGAGAUUGUAGGAGUCGCUGCCUCGGGAGGAAAAGACUCCACCGUGCUGGCUCAUGUGAUGAAACUCCUGAACGAGCGGUACGACUACGGCCUGGAACUCAUGCUCAUCUCGGUGGACGAGGGGAUCACCGGUUACCGAGACGACUCCCUGGAGACGGUGAAGAGGAAUCAGCAACAGUACGAGCUGCCGCUGAAGAUCGUGUCGUACGAGGAGCUGUACGGGUGGACGAUGGACGCAAUAGUGAAGCAGGUGGGACUGAAGAAUAACUGCACCUUCUGUGGAGUUUUCAGACGACAGGCGCUGGACCGAGGAGCCAUCAUGCUGAAGGUGGAUAAGAUCUGUACAGGUCACAACGCUGACGACGUUGCAGAAACUGUUCUGAUGAACGUCCUGCGAGGCGACAUCGCUCGUCUGCGUCGCUGCACGGCCAUCUCCACGGCCAGCGAGGGGGAGGGAGUGGUGCCGCGCUGCAAGCCCCUCAAAUACGCUUACGAGAAAGAAAUAGUCCUGUAUGCUUAUUUUAAGAAGUUAGACUACUUUUCUACCGAGUGCAUCUACUCUCCUAACGCGUACCGCGGCUACGCUAGGACCUUCCUGAAGGACCUGGAGAGUAUCAGACCCAGCUCCAUCAUCGACAUCAUCCACUCCGGGGAGAACCUGUCUGUGCGGGAGGGCGUGAAGAUGCCGGUCCAGGGAACCUGCCACCGCUGCGGAUACAUCUCCAGCCAGACGCUCUGCAAGUCCUGUGUGCUGCUGGAGGGGCUGAACCGUGGGCUACCUAAACUAGGCAUCGGCAAACACCACCGCCUGCACGAUAAGAUCCUCUCCCAGCAGCCGCUGACGGAGAGGGAGGAGAGGAAGCUGAAAUCAGUAGAAUUUUGACCAAAAUCCCCUAAUAAUUCACCAUAAGAACUAAGAAUUGGAACAUUUUUAAGGUAAAUCACAGUUGCUGUUGCUAUUCCAGUAAAGACCUUACUUUUGGUCUUUUUUUUGUAUUAGGUAAUCCUUAUAACUUUAAAAGGAUGGUGGAGAUUUCAGGUGGCUGUGUAGCUCCUAUAAUGUAAUAAUUUCACCCUAUAAUGUAAUAAUUUCACCCUAUAAUGUAACAAUUUCCUG